GAGAAACACAAUCAUUUACGCUCCUUCCUGAUAGCUUCAGUUUGUUCACUUUAUUUUGAAAGUAUUCACCGGAAGUGUUGCUAUGCUAUCAUUGACGCAACUCUGUGGUCACUUAAGGACAAGAAACACUCAAUGCUCAUCAAUCAUUUUAAGUACAAAAUAUCACACUUAAACAAAAAAAUCUUAACGGUCAGCGGUGAAGGUGAAUUCAAACAGCUUUACUUCUAGGAAAAAAAGGAGAAUAAAAAUAGGUUUAAAAUAUAUAUAUUUCUGCCACAGUCCACCUGCUGUGAGUCUCCUGUGACAGCUACAACACAAAGAACUCCACUUCCCAGCAUGCUCAGCGGCCAAACACUAUGGUCACACACCAGCUCAGCUGCAGAGGACUGUGUAUGUAAAUACAACAUUUACUGCAGCGAUGCGGAGUUUCUUCGUGCUUAUUGUGAUUUGUAUAAGCCGUGUGUCUACUUCGGAUACUAAAGUGUCCGAGAAUGGACACAGUCCCUUUGAGAGCCCUCUGUGGUCGAUAUGGCACAACAGGCUCUACCUUUAUUCAGCUGCUGCUCUCAUCUUUGGGAUCUGGUUCUCACUGAAGGUGGCACUAAAGAAGAAAAUCCUCCCUAAAGACGUCGGGCCGUGGGUCUACAAAGCUGUGAAGGUCAAUGACGCCUCGGACCGAGACGCUGUGGUUCACGUGUCACGAGUUAAAAUCUUCUACGGCUCACAGACUGGAACUGCAAAGGGUUUUGCAACAGAGCUGUCAGAGGAGGUGAAGACUUUGGGAAUAUCAGCAGAGGUGAUUGACAUCAAAGACUACGAUCCAGAUGAUCAACUCGCUGACGAGUGCACCAACAAGUCAGUGUGUGUGUUUCUUGUGGCCACGUACACUGACGGACAGCCGACCCAGAACGCUGAGUGGUUCUGUAAGUGGUUGGAGGAGGCGUCCACUGACUUCAGAUACGGGAAAACCUAUCUCAAAGGCCUCAGAUAUGCAGUGUUUGGUCUCGGCAACUCUGUCUAUGUCGGCCACUAUAAUACGGUGGGUAAAAACGUGGACAAGUGGCUCUGGAUGCUGAGCGGCAUGCGGAUCAUGACCAGAGGAGAGGGAGACUGUAAUGUGGUGAAGAGCCGUAAUGGCAGCAUUCAGGCAGACUUCCUGGCCUGGAAGGUGAAGUUCCUGAUCCGCCUGCAGGCCCUGAACAAGGGGGAGAAGAAGAGCUGCAGCGGCAACUGUAAGAGCGGAGGAUCCUGUAAGAACAAGAGGAAGGACCGACAGGAGGAGGAGGAGGAGGAGAAGGCAGCUUCACACAACAACAGCUCUGAGGAGGAUUUGAUCGAGUCCAGCAGUGAUGAGGACGAGUCUGGCCUGCAAGAUGAGAAAACAUCAGGUUCAGUGGUUGACAUGGAGGAUCUGGGAAACAUCAUGAGCAGCGUGAGGAAAGCAAAGAGCAAAGAAGAGGGCCGAGGAGAUGGCCAGAUGGUGAAACUAUCCAAGCUGAACGGAGUGAAGAAGACUGAAGACGAAGGGGAAAGAAGAGAGAUGAUCACCCCUGCUCUUAAAGAAGCACUGACAAAGCAAGGGUACAAACUAAUUGGAAGUCACUCAGGAGUGAAGCUUUGUCGAUGGACCAAGUCGAUGUUGCGAGGCAGAGGAGGCUGUUACAAGCACACUUUCUAUGGGAUCGAGUCCCACCGGUGCAUGGAGACGACCCCCAGCCUCGCCUGCGCUAACAAGUGCGUCUUCUGCUGGAGACAUCACACCAACCCUGUGGGCACAGAGUGGCGCUGGAAGAUGGACCCUGCUGAGAAGAUCCUGCAGGACGCCUUGGAGAAGCACCAGACGAUGAUCCGACAGUUCAGAGGGGUCCCUGGAGUGAAAGCUGAGCGUUAUGAGGAGGGCUUGGCAGUCAAACACUGUGCCCUCUCCCUGGUCGGAGAGCCAAUCAUGUACCCAGAAAUCAACACCUUCGUGCGCCUCCUCCACUCCCACCACAUCUCCAGCUUUUUGGUCACCAACGCACAGUUCCCAGAGGAAAUCAGGAGCCUGGUGCCAGUCACUCAGUUGUAUGUUAGUGUGGACGCCAGCACCAAAGACAGUCUGAAGAAGAUUGACCGACCACUUUUCAAGGACUUCUGGCCCCGCUUCCUGGACAGCCUCAGGGCCCUGGGAGAGAAGAGGCAGAGGACGGUGUACCGACUGACGCUGGUGAAGGCCUGGAACGUGGAGGAGAUGCAGGCCUACUCAGAGCUCAUUGCGUUGGGCCAGCCGGACUUCAUUGAGGUCAAGGGAGUGACGUACUGUGGGGAAAGCUCAGCCAGCACUCUCACCAUGGCGAACGUUCCCUGGCACCAGGAAGUAGUCACCUUCGUCCAGCAGCUGGCCGACAUGUUGCCUCAGUACGAGAUCGCCUGCGAACACGAGCACUCAAACUGUUUGCUCAUUGCACACACAAAGUUCAAGGUGGACGGCGAGUGGUGGACGUGGAUCGACUACGAGCGUUUCCAGGAGCUGGUCCAGGCUCACGAGGAGAGCGGGGGACAGCGGGGCUUCUCGGCCCUGGACUACAUGUCGAAGACUCCCAGCUGGGCUCUGUUCGGAGCCAGGGAGCAAGGCUUCGACCCGGUUGACACACGAUUCCAACGACGCAACAAAACCAAAGACAUUUCAGGUUGCUGAUAGAUGUGAGAGAGAGAAGAGAGAAAUAGAACGAGUACUGGCACAAAAAAAAGUAGGCUUUAAUACUUUUAUUCCCUUCACUUUGAGUUUAAAAGUUUCCCGUUACUGAUCAGCUUUGUUACUGUCCCUACACUAUAAAAAAAAUUCUGUUGCUUUUACAGGAAAUAAAAUGGCAGCUGUGGUUACCAGAAUAAUUCUACAAAAAAUACAGUACAAAUGUAAACAACUUUACAAAACCACUUGUACAUUUUACUGGUAUUCAGUAGACAAUAAAUAACUGAAUGUAGGGUUGUCAUGAUACUAAAAUUUUCAACUCGAUACCGAUACUCAGGAAAAUAUUCGAUACUCGAUACCAUUUUCGAUACCACCAGGAUAAAAACAAAGACCCCAAAAUUUAACAGAAAUAUUUUUAUUAACAAGAAAAAUGCAACAUGUUAAACAGAACCACAGGUUAAAUAUUUCUAAUAAAAAAAGUUGUGCAAAAAGAAACUGCAACUAUGAUAACAAGCUUCAGGUCUGAGGUAGUGCAAAAAAAAAUUAAAUACAAUAAACAAUAACAAAAAUGUUAAUUUACUGGUAUUCAAUGCACAAUAAGCAAAAUCUGCAUGUGAAUUUUGCAUAAAUAAUUAGUAUAAAAGCAGCAUCAUCCUGUUAAAUUAGCAGUAAAGGACGGUAUAAUCUACAACUUUAAAAUGUUUUUUUUUUUUUUUAAUUACUACAGUUUAAGGAUGUAAAAUUUACAUGUUCUGUUAAGAUGUUGACAUGUACUGUAUUUUUUACAGAAGUAUUCUGGUAACCACAGCUGCCAGUUCUUUUUCUGUAAAAACAAUGGGACAUUUUUACAGUGUAGUGCCCUAAUUCCUACUUAAACUCUUCCUGCCACUCUUCAUUUCUCCUCAAUUUUUUUUUCCAUUUUCAUUGGCUUAAGCUCCACAAUCAGCCAAAGAUUGUACCAAUCAAUUCCUUUAAAGUAAUUUUUUAGACAUUCCCCUUCACGUUUGCUUCUUUUGCUUCCUAUAUGUACAUAAAUCUUUAACACUUCUCCUUUUUUGAAGGUAUCAUUAUUAUAAAUGUCAAUUGCUUUGAUCCGUAAAACCAUCUGGCAGCACCGAGGAAGGUUUAUACUGUACAAGUUGAUCCUGUGAGUGGUUUCACUGUCAUUAUUUCUGACUUUUUUUUCAUAGUUAGGCAGCUGGCAGCAACAUGAUGAGCAUUAACUGUCGGGAGUAGCUCUUCUUCUCAUGUCGUCUCUCCCAGACACCUUUCCUCCCACUCACUAGGACAAGUGGUUGUAUUUAUAAAGAAAGGCAUCAAUCCACUGAGCGUCUACUGGGAGAGAAAGGCUUCCUGAUGCUCUCUGUGGUAUUUUUUUUGCAUUGUUGCACAUUCCCAACAGUGUCAGCUUCGCUUGGUUUCUCUGCUCUGAGCUGGGAUGGGAGACUAAAACUGCAGCUUUUGAUAAAAUAGUGGUGCCAUUUUUAUAGAUUUGCUGUAGAAUUGUUUAAAAAGUGACAAAUACAAUAUUAAAAAAACAAUAAAAUAUGACAUCAUUUGACAAUAUUUGAGCUAAACUAUGAAAUGUAUGACAUAGUAAAAAUAUCUUAUAUGAUAAAGUUGGUAAAGGCGCUAAAAGUUAAAAAAAAAAAAAAACACAAAAUGGUGAUUACCAUAUUCUCAAGCUCCAUAUUAUUGUGUCAAUACAUCUUUUAGCUCUUUGUUGAGUGGUCAAACACUGUCCACAAAGACCGAUACACUGAAAAAAAGGUGUGUCUAAAAACAAGAUAAAAACACUAAAUCUGAGGGAAAUGAUCUUGCUGCAUGGACAGAUAAUUUCACUCCUAGAAAUAAGCAUGUUGUACGCUUAAAAUAAUAAAUUAACUCCUAAAACAAGAUAAAUUAUGUAACACUUCUAAAUCUAAAGUUUUUUUAUCUUGGUAAGAAACAAAUAAUUGUCAGGUCACUCUGCUCGGGCCAGUUCAUCGCUGCUUGUAGCUUUAAUUUAUCUUGUUUUAAGAGUUAAUUUCUUAUUUUAAGCGUUCAACAUGCUUAUUUCUAGAUUUAAUAAUCUUAAUUUAAGAAAUCUUUUCAAGUGAAAUUAUCUGUCCAUUUAUCUUAUUUUUAGACACACCUUUUUUGCAGUGUAUAUUUCAGAUCUACAACACAUUUAAAAUAUUCAUCCAACUCUCAGAUAAAUGCUGUCUUGUCUACCUUCAGCCACCAACCAGCAUCAGAGUAUGAAUAAAAGCAUAAUUGGCGGUGUUGUCGCUUCAUAUCGGUCUAACUACUGUCUGCCUCCAAGAGUCCAGUGAGCCAGAAUAAAGCCUUUACUGAUAUUUUUUUAGGGAUCCAGAUGUAAAAUUCUCGUCAAUUUUUGUUUGUUUUUUUUAGUUUGAAUGUAAAUCCAGAUGUGAACAGUUGAGUCCAUGUUGAUUUGUUUUAUUUGAAUGUUAAACCCAAGUGAGAACUUCUGAGUCCAUUUUGAUUUGUUUUGUAAGAUCUCUAAUGUUGCUGUGAGAAACAGCAGGUGUGGGGAUAUAUCACUGUAAUAAAUGUCCGUUGAAUAAUC